GAGUUCAGAGCUUCUUUGCUCUGCAUAUAUCCAUUUGUCUUUUAUCUUUCUUUUUUGUACAAAUUAAAUUCUGUAGAAAUUCGGUCAUAUGUACGAGAGAGUGAGCGGGGAACAGAGGAAUAGAGUGACAAUGGUGAGGAUAUUAUCCAUGGCGUCGUCGAUUAGACCUUCGCUAUCCUGAUUUAGGUCUGCGGCUGCUGCAGGGCCUCCUUCUCGCUUCGCUGUACCCUUCGCUUCGUGUUUCCAGAAUUCUUGUCGCCCUCUCAGCUUAUUGCAUCUUGGCAGUGCUGAAGUGCUAGAGCAUAAGCUAAGGAAGUGUAUGAGCAGAUUCUAGUACCAAGAUUGGCUAAAAAUAGGGAAUCACUCAGGCCAUUGUUAUAAAAGCUUCUUCAUGAAUAAAAUCAAUUACAUCUGAUGUUAAAGGCUUCAGCAAUAACAUGUGUAUUUUAAGGACCAACUGGUUAUUCAAUAUUGAAAGAUUGCAUAGGGUUCAUAUAGAGUGAUCAAUUUUUGAGGUUAUAAAGACAGCUGGAGCAUCUAGAUAUCUCAAGCCUUUUCAAUUUCAACAUUUUAUUAAGUGGUCACUUCUGCUGGUUAAUUUCAAAAACACAGAGUUUCGGCAGGGAGACAUGGGAUUCGGAAAUAGAGGGGUUGUUGGUGAUAAAUGGUCUUCAAGGAUUCUUUGGGUCUGUGCAAUUGGAAGUGCAAUCGGCCUCUAUAUGGUAGCCGUAGAAAGGCAAGCACAGAACAGGGCGAAAAUGAUGGCUGAAGCUUUGGGCGGUGCAGGGUCAGGUGCAGACAAGGGUCAAGAAAUCUAAUUGUAGUUUUUCAAAUUCUCCGUGAUUUUAUUGUAAGCUUAAGAGCACUUCAGGAUGUUUCCAUUGGUUAGUUUUAAUAAAUGAUUUACUUGUUCUUUUGGAGUAAUAUAGUGGGUUUAGACUUUAGAUGUUUGGUUGCUUUGGCAUGCUUGAAUCAUGCGCAUAACAUAACUGUGACUGGGUCGUAGAGGUUGGUGCUUUAUGGUCAAUUUCAACCAAUUUCUGUAAGCUUUACAAAACGUGUUAAACAUUUAGUAUACAACAAAAUUAUUCAGUGUUUAGGGGACUGCAGAGAGUAUCUUUCUAAAUGUGUAUUGGCCUGUCCUUAAUUGUCUUAUGUUAGAAUAGAGCUAACAUUGAAAGAAAUAUUCAAGCUCUUGUUCUGAAA